UGGUCUCUGUUUUGUUGUUAGCCUUCUUAAUUGGCUUUUUAUCCUCAGCUUCCUCUUCUCGUCAAUCAGCUUAAACACUUGAUUUGUGUGAUCCUUUACAAGCAAGGAAAGAAAUCAUCAUCGUCAUUGUUGCUCACAACGAUCAAAGUAGGAGGGUGACGAUCAAUGGAGAUGGCAGGAAAUCACAUUACGAAGAACACAUACGUGGGGAAAGCUUACAACAAGAAGGUGAAAAUGAGUUCCAAUCUGAGCAAAAAGCUAUCAGGUCAGUGACAGUUAAAUCAAAUGCCAAUAAAAUCUGUGUCAAUGCCCUUGUCGUUGACACAAUCAUUGUGGUAGAUCAGCCAACAGAUUUCAUGAACACCAGUUGUCAAACCGAGGCUCCUGAAGACUUAGAGCGCCCCUGCAAACAAUUAGACGACUCAAUUGAUGUUUCAAGGCUUUUUGUUUGUCCCGAGCAGCUGAAAGCUCUGCUCCUUAAGAAAAAACUAGUCCACAUUAAACCUGGGUCGGAAACAACCUUGGGAAACGUGGGGCCUCCCACAUACGACAAUACGGACGAUAUGCAGGAGGCAUCAUCUGCGAUUGCUGCUGGGGUAGUCGGGGGUGCUGGUGCCAUUACUGAAGCAACGCAAAAAUAUAGAGAGGCUAGAAGUGACAAACCUCUUGAAAAACUGGGAAAAUUUGCAGCAAAGUUUGAAACAGCUACAUCGUUCAUCAGUGCUAUAGCUCCAAUGUUUAGCGUCUUCAGUGGAAUCGCUUCCAUUGUAACGACGUUCCUGACUCCAAACCCAUUUGAUGGGCUAGCGCAAUCUUUGGACGAGGAGUUCAAACAGAUAAACAACCGACUCACUGACAUACAGGCGGACAUAGCUGACUUGGGCCGCCUUAUCGAGGUAAGAGGAGGAGUGUUAGCGAUGGCAAAUCAGCUUAGCGCUAUACGGUAUGCCAUCAGAAAUUAUGGUGUCUUGGUAGAUGCAAUGUCGGCUAAACCAGUUUGUGGAGCAAGAGAAUUGCCGCAGAUGCCAGAAGUAGAGCAAUUCAUGAGACAAUAUCAACACAGUUUCGUAGAUAACAGUCUUUUGGAUCUCUAUGGGGUAGAGCUUGGUGAACUGAUAGAGGCAACCUCUCUGCUAAAACCAUUCAUGAUGGCUUGAUUGUCAUAGCAAAAAGCAUCUCGUACAGAAGUUUGCAGAAGAGUUGAUGUACUAUGCUUAUGCAGGUCUGCAAUCCCACUUCACUUGCCGCAGCCUUUAGGCUGCAACAAAGGGC